AUUUAAUGUAAACAAAACUGACGAAAUUGUUGAUCCAUUUAAUUGACUAUUAAUUGUGUUGGAAAUUAAUUGUCACCUUGAUGAUUGAAUUUGAGAUUAUAUGUUGGUUAUUCUACCCCCCAGUAAUUGGAGGAAUCAGAGCAAUUACAUCCGACUCAUUAAGGAUUAUCUGUGAUUGUUGAUGAACGUAUUCCUCGUUAAUUGCCAAGAUAAUUGUUGAUUGGAUUACAGUUAAUUGUGGAAAAAGAUUAACACAAAUAUGUCGCUUCAGUUUAUCAUCAGUCGACCAAACCUUAGAUUAAUUUGAUCACUAAAUUACUUAAUAGUUGUCUUUCCAAUCGCCUGUUGAUUAUAACCAAUUUGUUUCACUUUUUUAAAACGAUCAUAAGUAAGUCAUCAUAAGAAAUGAAUAGAGGGCGAAAAGUGUACAAUUUAGUUCUGGUUACUGAUCAAGAGACUAAUCAAGUUCUGUUGGGUUACAAGAAGCGAGGAUUCGGUGUCGGAAUUUGGAGUGGAUUCGGUGGUAAAGUUGAACAAUUUGAAGAUAUCGAGGUCUCGGUUCGAAGGGAACUUUAUGAAGAAUCAUCGUUAAUCGUCAAGGAGAUGAACAAAGUUGGAAUUUUAUGUUUCGAUUCUGAUACUUAUUCUGAUGUCCAUGAAUCUCAUGUUUAUCAAGUCACCUCUUUCUCUGGAACUCCAAUGGAAUCAGAGGAAAUGAAACCAAAAUGGUUUCCAAUUGAUUCUAUUCCCUACCAUCUCUUAUGGCAAGACUUCAAGUUCUGGUGGCCUUAUUUCCGUUCAGGUUCAUUGUUUUCCGGUUUCUUUAUGUACAAAGGAUUGGAAUAUAUUACCGAUCAUCGGUUAAUCACAGUUAAAGAUGUCCAACAAUUGGUGCCAAUCAACUUAAACGAACAGCCAACAAUCAACAACAUUUACUCUUCAUCCAUGGAAAACCAAUUAAUCAAUUUACCAUCAUACUGAUGAUACCCUUUUACUUUCAAUAACAAAUGAAAAUCACUAUUAAAGAAUAAAUUUCCAAAUUGUCCAACAAUUAA